AUGGGCUCUCCAAAGGAAAUGCAUCCACUCCUCGCAGACCUCUUCAAAAGGCCCGACCUCGAGGUUCUCACCACUUCAUCCACAGCCUGGGCAGACAUCCGUCCCACCUAUGUCAUCGAUAAUCCAGCGAGACCUCUUGCCAUUGCCCGACCGAGAAACGCCUCCGAGGUGUCUGAUUUUGUGCACGCUGCACGGCGACAUGGGGUCAAGAUUAGCGUCAGAGGAGGAGGCCACGAUGUCUUCGGUCGCAGCAUUGCAGAAGGAUGCUUGGUGAUCGAUAUGCGGAAGAUGAAGACGAUCGAGAUCGCCCAGGAUCGUGAGACAGCUACUCUCGGGGGCGGUGUUUUGAUUGGGGAUGUUAUCGAAACAUUGGCCUCCCAAAAGCUCACUACCCCAUUUGGAUAUAUACCAACCAUUGGAUAUGCUGGGUGGGCCAUGAUGGGUGGUUACGGCUGGUUGGCGCCGAGGUUUGGGUUGGGAGUGGACCAGAUCCAGAGAGCUCGUGUGGUGACCUGGCAAGGUGAUAUCAUCGAAGCAGAUAGUGAACUGCUGAAAGGAAUCCGAGGAGCUGGUGGUAACUUUGGCAUUGUGGUGGAGCUGGGAAUUAAGAUAUAUCCAUUUGAAAAGGCAAAAAUACAGGCGACUGUCCGCAAAUACUUCUCCGGCUAUAAUGCGAUGACCAAAUCCCCGUUUGGAGCGGUCUCGCCCUUCUGGUACCCCAAGCGGGACAUGUCAGGCUGGAUGUUCGCGGUCAACUUCGCUUGGAGUUCUCCAGACAUGAAAGCUGGAAGACAGUAUCUGGGCCAACUCGCAGCUUUAGGGGACGCAGCUGAUACCUCGCUGGUCAAGGAGAUGACACCGACGGAACUGAUCAAUCUCAUUGUGUCGUGGACUCCGGGCAGAGUGUAUGGGUUUGAGGCAUGCAACGGGGUAAGUUUCGCCAAAGUCACAGAGCGGGCAGCCGACGUCGUGGGAGAGUUCCUCGCGAAACUACCCGUGGACUCGGCCAACGUGUUGUUGAUCCAUGAAAUGCGAGGGCCUUCCGCAGAGCCUGACCCGGGAUCUUGCUUUGGAGCGCGCUUACCUCACUCUGUGAUGGAGCUAGUCGGCAUCACCAUUAAUCCCGACAACGUCAAAACUUCGACCCAGCGAUAUCGGGAGUUGUAUGGUGCAUUGCAUGGCACGGGGGAUGCUUUGGGUGUCACUUAUGCGUCGCUGACCCAGACUCGAGACACCGACACUAGCCAGUUGUUCGGCAAGGAGCACCAGUUCGUGAUGGACCUGAAGAACAAGUACGACCCGGAGGGGGUGUUUGACAACACAGAACCAAGGCUGCGCCCUUGA